CGCUACCGCUGCCCGUCUGCACUGCCCGUGUGAGAGGAGACGGUGCCUGGCGGAGUACGGCGUGUAGCGGGCUGCGUGUGUGGCUGGCAAGCUGGGCGGCAGGUUGUGUGUGCGCGGACACUUCUCAGGGAGGGCUGAGGACAUAGCAUCUGGAAGCAGUCAUGAAGCGUCCGGUGAGUCCUGCUUACUCCACAGACUCCCUACUUGCUAUGUGUGAGAAUGAGUACAGCCCAAGAAUAAAACUGCAGUCCAAGCAGGAAAAGACUCUGCCAACUUUGUGCGAGGUCUGUAACAUACAGCUUAACUCUGCAGUCCAAGCUCAAAUACAUUACAACGGCAAAUCACAUCAAAAGCGACUAAAGCAGGUCAACAAGGGCAAGACUGCGUCUUCUCAGGGUGCGCCCACGCCUGCUGGUCCAUUAUUGGCUUCUCUAGGGAUCCCCAGCAGACCAAUCCAGACACAUUUGGACAUCAAACACCUUCUAACAUUCAGGAUCAAUGCGCUGAGCCUCUUCCCUAACUUUAAUGCGAUGGACCCGGUGCAGAAAGCUGUUAUAAAUCAUACCUUUGGUGGGCCAUCUCCUCCAAAGAGGAAACCUUUUAUAUCUUGCAAUAUCUGUCAUCUCAGGUUCAACUCCCUGAACCAAGCUGAAGCUCAUUACAAGGGUCACAAGCACGCACGGAAGCUCAGAGCUCUAGACAGUGCACGGCACAAGCAGAGGCGACACGGAAGUCGGGAGAGGACAUCAUUGCCCCCAGUGGACACCAAAAGAAACGCAGACUCUCACAACGAACCUAUAGAGGCACAUAAUGGAAUUGCUGGGCUCAGUGCCCUGCACACAGAUGCCAGUCCCUGCACGCCAACCCCUGAGCCUACUCCUGAGCCUUCCAGCGCUGACCCGGAGGAGGAAUGUGCCUCCCUAGAGGCUUCAGACAGCUUCACUGAAUUACUGGACACCGGGUCCCUGGCUCCAGAUGCACCAUACAGUCCGGAAAAGAGUCCAGAGGUCACUUGUGUACAGGACAGUGAGAAGGAUCGUAAAAAUAGAGAGCACUUGUAUUGUCCCACCUGCAAAGUCACUGUGAACUCAACGUCUCAACUGGAGGCUCAUAAUGCUGGUGCAAAGCACAAAUCCAUCCUUGAUGGACAGAGCACUCACCCGAGGAAGAGCAGGGGUAAGGUGCUGAACCGUGCUAAUCGGAAACCCAAAAGGAUUGGCAAUAAGACCAGCAUUGGUGUCCAAAACAAGGCUUUUCAUUGCCCAGUAUGUGAGAUCCAUGUCAACUCUGAAACUCAGCUCAAACAGCACAUGAGCAGCAGAAGGCACAAAGACAGAUUAGCUGGGAAGCCUCCAAAGCCUAAAUACAGUCCGUUCAGCAAGCUGCAGAAGAAUGCUGCAUUAGCGACCAGAUUGGCUCUACAUAAGCAUCUGACUAAGACUUUGGCUGCUCGUUUUCUUCCAAACACCCUCACACCGACAACUAUCUGCACUCUUCCGAGUCCUCUUACUUUGCGUCCUGCCACAGCUGCUGCCCUCUUCCAGACUCCUCUGAUGGGACCAGCUUUUUUCCGGAGUGCUCCUUCUGCUCUGCGGCCUUCUCCAGCACCCAUUAUGUUUGCUCCAUAUUAGCCUGGCAUCCCAUUCAGGACUACAAAGAGAACAGUACAAAGAUGAAGCUGUAAUCGCAACGCUGCCUCCCCUAGGGGAAUCAAAUUAUAUAUCAUUGUUGCUUAGCUCAUGACCCAAAGUACAUCUACCAUCUUGGACAUUGGAGUUAGCUAUCCUAAGCCAUAAAGUCAACUGACAAGGAUGGAGAGCCAUAGUUGCUUCUAUAGGUGGUGGCACAGAGAGUUGUUCCCUUAUCUUCCAUUGCACUCGGGCCAGGAAACAAUUUUUAGGAAAAAGUUAUCCAGAAUCUCACUGUUCUGUCAUAAGAGUGAUAGUGAUAAAAUUGAUAGCAAUAAUGUUAUUUUGGAGCAAGCGGUAAUGAUGCUAACGGCAGUAAUGUCACAUAGACCUGAGGAAUAUGAAUAUGACCAAGAUGACUGUGGCACAAUUCCAAAUGGAUAUCAAAGCUUUUCAAAUGAUCAGGCACAAAGCCCACACUCUGUUGUUUCCCAUAUUCCCAUAGUUGUAGGACACAUCCUAACAUUGUUUGCUCUGAGUGUAAUGGGUAUAACAAAGGUGUCUUCAUGAAGCAAAAAACAAACAGUGGGUUCAGUACAGAAGGUUGGUGUGAGCAGCCAGUGUAUUUGCAGCAGAAGUUGUGUAUUAUUGUGAUGUACCUAUUCUGCAUGGGUGUAAGGGCUGCAUUCAGGCCACCAAUGCAUGCCCUCUCUCUACCUUUCCAUGGGAAAAAAGUAUUGUCGGUGUCUUUAGCUGGUGACAACAUGGUAUUCCUGGUGAGCUAAAUGCUUCAAUAAAGGCAGCCCCAGCUGUAUGGAUAUUUGUACUGAGCUGUAGUACACUAUGUGUGGGUUAGUUCAACAUACUGUAGGUACCAUGUAAAGGGUAUACCAGUAUAAUAUGCCAUAGAUCAGGGGUAGGCAACCUGUGGCACUCCAGCUGCUUUAGUACUACACAUCCCAACAUGCCCUGCCACAGUGUAAGCAUGCCCUAACAGCAAAUCUGUUGCAGCUGUCGUGCUACAUGUUGUCUGCAGCAGUCCCAUCCACUGCCCUAAUGUCAGUUAUAGUUCUCAUCUUCUGUGCUAAAACAUAUUAGACAUUUAUGCUGUUUCUAAGGAACCCACUAUUUACUUACUUUUAAAUGAUGCUGGAUUGUAAUGAUAUUCUUCAGUAAUGGCUUGUCAUUGCAACACAGUACCUUGUUUACAGUGAGAACACCUUUGUUUACUCUAUAAUCUGGUCUUUUCUACCUUUUUGAUUUUCAAACAUCAUGGUGAGUGCUUGUUGCAUGUCCUAUUUGAACAUUUACAUACCAUGAUAUGCCAUACUAAGACGGAGUUUCAACUGUUGGUCAAGAAUUUAGCUUCCAAGCUUAUUGCCCAGGAGCUAUUUCAUUUAUUACCACGAUGGCCCCUUACUUGCGGCCUAAUGCACAGGAUUAGCCCCGUUAAGCAGCUUCUCCUGUGCUAAGUGCCAGUGUGCUACAGUUAAGGUGCGCCUUGCAUCGGUAUCAACCCCAAAGCGCCCUACUUUACGUGGCUUUCUACUUGCACCUCAAGAUGGUGUUAGCAAAAAUCUGAUAUAAGUGCCAUCUCGGGGCUGGAUGCCCAAACUAUUGAAUAGCUCAGGGGCACUUUAGAUGGGAGCUAAGUUCAAAAAUACAACUAAAUUGCCUCUAUAAAAGGACUGCAGAUAUCCUAAACAUUAAGAGAAUGUAUCAAUUUUAGUUUAAUAGCAUAUCCUCCCUCUCCCCUGACAUGUUAUGUUUGCGGCCAUGUGAAAGUUCUUAGCUAUUUUUUUUAGAGACAGUAGACACAUCCUUUAAGUACGUGAUGAAUGAAAAGUCUAGAAUAGUAUUUUUCAGUUUAGAAAUGGCAUUUUUGUCCUUACCUGUUAAAUCCUUUUCUUUGAAUCCAUGAGGGACACUGGGGAAACCAUGGGUAUAGAGUGGAGCAGAAGAGCCUGGGCACAAAAGUUAAAGUUCUUUCCGAGCGACACAGGCUCCCUCUCCGCUAUAUCCCGCCCCCUCAGCCAGAUAGCCAGGUACAUUUACAAGCCCAAGUAGAGGGAGAAGGAGAAGAGGAUAAGGAAGACCGGCACAAGUAGAGGGAGAAGGAGAAGAGGAUAAGGAAGACCGGCACACGCACCUCAAGAACACAAUCUAUUGAUGAGAGGAUAUGGUCCUGAAGGCUGUCGGGGUAAGCGCCUAGUGUCCCCCAUGGAUUCAGAGAAAAGAAAGGUAAGGACAAAUAUCCCCUUUUUACUUAGCAUCCACAGGGGGCACUGGGGAAACCGUGGGACAAUAUAUAUAAAGUAAACCCAGGUAGUACUUAAUGAUACAUAUUAAAAAACAAUAGAUAUGAAUAAAUUAUAUUUAUUAAAAAAAUAUAUAUAAACCUCCCCGGGGGAAUAUGUAAAAUUAAAUAGAUAAUAAGAAUUUACUUACCGAUAAUUCUAUUUCUCAUAGUCCAUAGUGGAUGCUGGGGACUCCGAAAGGACCAUGGGGAAUAGCGGCUCCGCAGGAGAC